CUAUAAAGGGUCCUCGCUGCAGCCGUCUGCUUCAUGUAUCUCAGCAUCAUGAAGGGAUUACCCACCCUGCUGCUGCUGUGCUCGACGGCUCUGCUCUGCAGCGCUGCUCCAGCUGUGGAGCCGGUGACCUGCAGCGAGGAUGGAGGUGCUGCGGCGGCACGGAUGGCUGCACAUCACAUCGACGAGAACCACGACCAUGGCUACAAGUUCAAGCUGAGUGAGAUCAAAGGCAACAAAGUGGAAAAGGUCGAUGACGGCUGUGAAAUCGAGCUGCAGUUGGACCUUAUGGAGACAACUUGCCACAACAUCAACCCGAAGCACUUCGAGGACUGUAUGAUCCGCAGAGAGACUCCACGGGCGGUGAUGGCUAACUGCUCCGUUAGGAUGAGUGUGAGAAAUGGUGACGCCAGAGUCCGAAAUUACCAUUGUGACACGCGACAAGUGGUAACAGACAGUGAGAGGAUGAUGCUCUGCGCUGACUGCCCCAGUCUGAUCUCACUUCAUCACCCUGAUGGUAUAAAGUCUGUAAAAGAAGCUGUGCAGAGAUUCAACGAGAACACCACCAACCAGAACUACUUCAUCCUGAAGGACGUGGGACGGAUUCAACUCGGAUGGAUGAUGACAGGGGCGAUCUACUGGGCUCAGAUUGCCCUCGUGGAGUCCCAUUGCCCAAUGGGAUCCAGAAUCCUUCCUGAGGCAUGCAUACCCCUCUGCCCUGAUCGAGCUCGCCAUGCUUACUGCCGUUCAUCUUACACAAAAUCCGAGGGACUCGGGUCUGUUGAGUGCGAAUACUACCCUCCAAUGAACUCUACUGCCCUCGGCGAUGGUGAACGGGAGCCCAUAUGUAGGCCCGAAGAUACUGUGGGGCUUCCUCCUCCCCCUGCUGGUGGUGUUGGUGGCCCUCCUCCCCCUCCUGACCAAGAAAGGCAGCGUCAUAUGCCCCCAUUCCACUCAUUCCACUGCCAUGGAUCGGACGCAGCUAUCCACCCCAUUUGUCCCUGGCCCCGUCCUGAGCCCCGCGGCCCACGCCUAAACCCAAGAGAAGAGGCCUGAGAUACACACAAAGAAAACAUGUGUUUGUUACCGACUUCAAGACUUGUACAACAGUCUUCAAUGUAAUAUGUGGAAAAUAGAAAGUCUUUAAACAUAUUACAAGGUAAUGUCCAAUAAACAAUCAUGGUCUAAA